GUGGAAUAAAGAGGAAGGAAGACCCUAGAAAAUAUCAUAAAUUUUUAACAGAUCGGGAAAGGCUGAUCGGCGAAGAAUUAUUACGUCGCGGUAUACUAAAAAGCGGUUUAAGUACUGCAUGGCUUGAUGAACUUAUGAAAGAAUGGGAAAAAACUUAUAAUCAAUUCGUACAAAUUUUCUCUCUAGAUGGGAUAACAACGAAAGUAUAG